AUGGCGGCCGACACAGCAGUGGCGGCUAGCCCCGAGGAGACACUCGAGUCGCUGCUGCGUGAAGCCGAAGCACUAAAGCAGAAAUUAGAAGAAGAGCGUCAAAAACUCAAUGAUGUAUCUCUGUCAUGUGUAGCGGAACGACUGGAAACCAUUGCUUUCCCCAACUUAAAACUGCGACGCAUGCUCAAGGGCCACCAGUCCAAGGUGCUCUGCUCCGACUGGUCUCCUGAUAAACGACACAUUGUGUCCUCAUCCCAGGAUGGCAAGGUGAUGGUAUGGGACGCGUUCACGGCCACCAAGGAGCUGACCAUCGCCAUGCCGAGCACGUGGGUCAUGGCGUGCGCCUACGCGCCGUCCGGCAGCCUGGUGGCGGCCGGCGGGCUGGACAACAAGGUGACGGUGUUCCCGCUGGCCGGCGGCGACGACGAGCCGGCCGCGCGCAAGCGCACCGUGGCCACGCACACGUCCUACAUGUCGUGCUGUCUGUUCCCCAACACGGACCGCCAGAUCCUCACGGGCAGCGGCGACGGCACCUGCGCGCUGUGGGACGUCGAGUCGGGCCAACUGCUGCAGAGCUUCCAGGCGCACGCCGCCGACGUGAUGGCGCUGGACCUGGCGCCGUCCGACAUGGGCGACACGUUCGUGUCGGGCGGCUGCGACCGCGCCGUGCUGGUCUGGGACAUGCGCACGGGCCAGGCCGUGCAGGCUUUCGACACGCACGACUCCGACGUCAACAGCGUCAAGUACCAUCCCUCGGGGGACUCGCUCGUCACCGGCUCCGACGACUCCUGCUGCCGCCUGUUCGACCUGCGCGCCGACCGCGAGGUGGCGCGGUACAGCAAGGAGAGCAUCAUCUUCGGCGUGAACUCGGUGGAGUGGUCUGUGAGCGGGCGCCUCGUGUUCGCGGGCUACAGCGACUACACGGCCUGCGCCUGGGACGCCCUGCGCGGCGCGCGCGUCUGUGUGCUCUGCGGGCACGAGCACCGCGUCACGCGCGUCCAGCUGGCGCCCGACGGCACCGCGCUGUCCACCGCCUCCUGGGACGCCACCAUACGCAUCUGGGCGUAG